CCUCGCCCCGCCCCCCCGCUCUGUCCUCUUCCCGCCCUCCUAGUUUGGCGCCGAACCGUUCGGUCGGAGACUCGCGGGUCGCCAAUCUCCGCGUUCUGGGAAAGAGUUAAGAUCCUGUCAGCAGAGGACCGGAAAGCCGCGGCGGGGGCAGAAGGGGCUUACCUUGAAAAUCUCGGGGAGACUGUGGGUACGAGGGGGCUGAGAAUUGAUUAUUUUUCUGCUUCUCACCAUUCAAUAUGAAGGAGGAUCAGGUUGUGCUAGAAGAACCAGGAUUCCAAGAUGAAGAGGAAUCUUUGUUUCAAGACAUUGACCUGUUACAAAAACAUGGAAUUAAUGUGGCUGACAUUAAGAAACUGAAGUCAGUAGGAAUCUGUACCAUCAAGGGGAUACAGAUGACAACAAGAAGAGCCCUGUGCAAUGUCAAAGGACUCUCAGAAGCCAAAGUGGACAAGAUUAAAGAGGCAGCCAACAAACUUAUUGAGCCUGGAUUCUUGACUGCAUUUGAGUAUAGUGAAAAGAGGAAGAUGGUUUUCCAUAUCACCACUGGGAGCCAGGAAUUUGAUAAGUUGCUAGGGGGUGGAAUUGAAAGCAUGGCAAUCACGGAAGCUUUUGGAGAAUUUCGUACCGGAAAAACCCAGCUCUCUCAUACCCUCUGUGUGACAGCUCAACUUCCAGGAGCUGGUGGCUACCCCGGAGGAAAGAUUAUCUUCAUUGAUACAGAAAAUACUUUUCGUCCAGAUCGCCUUCGGGACAUUGCUGAUCGCUUCAAUGUAGAUCAUAAUGCAGUGCUGGACAAUGUACUUUAUGCGCGUGCAUAUACUAGUGAACAUCAGAUGGAGCUGCUUGAUUAUGUAGCUGCAAAGUUCCAUGAAGAAGCUGGCAUCUUCAAGUUAUUGAUCAUUGAUUCAAUAAUGGCACUUUUUCGAGUGGAUUUCAGUGGGCGUGGAGAGUUGGCUGAACGGCAGCAAAAACUAGCCCAGAUGUUGUCACGACUUCAAAAAAUCUCAGAAGAAUAUAAUGUGGCUGUUUUUGUGACCAAUCAGAUGACUGCUGAUCCAGGAGCAACUAUGACCUUUCAGGCAGACCCCAAAAAACCCAUCGGGGGACAUAUUCUGGCUCAUGCUUCAACAACUAGAAUAAGCUUGAGAAAGGGAAGAGGAGAACUCAGAAUUGCCAAGAUUUAUGACAGCCCUGAGAUGCCCGAAAAUGAAGCCACCUUCGCAAUAACUGCUGGAGGAAUUGGGGAUGCCAAGGAGUAGGUGGUGAAUUGAUGCAAAUU